AACAUUAGCCGGACAGCCUGAUCAAAAAAGUUGUAAAUUUGUAAAAAUAAACGAGGAAUAUUACAAGUAGAAUUAGAAUUAUUUAAAAACAGAUAAGUCUAUUUGGACAUUGAUAUUAUGAGUGGUUCACCUGCUGACUGGAAAAAGGCCGAGACUUUGGCUGGAGUUCCUUAUUAUAUAAAUCAUGUUAAAGAAACGACACAAUGGGACCAUCCUGAACUUACUCAACUUAAGAAAAAAAUGACUCUUACUGAUUACAUUAAAUAUGGAGCAUAUCGUACAGCAGUAAAGUUAAGGCAGAUUCAAAAAAAGAUUCAAGUUGAUUCUGUAUAUUUGUCUGCAAUAAGAGGAGCUAUGAAUAAUCUUGGUUAUGAAGAGGAAUUUACAGAAGAUAAAAUAAAUGUUGCAGAGCUUCAAAGUAUUUUAUAUGAAAUAUUCCAGAAUGAGUUUGAUAGAGGCAAUGAUGUUGUUGUAAAUGAUGCAGUAGAGUUAACUCUCAACUGGCUAUUGAGUGUGUAUGAUCAAGCACGAAGUGGUUUGGUACGGAUUAUAUCGGUGAAAUUAGGUCUUUGUUGUUUGUCAGCAGCAAGUGUUCAAGAAAAGUACAAAUUUUUUUUUGAUCAAAUUGCUUAUAGCAAGGGAUUCAUCGACAAGAAACGGCUUCGUUUAUUUACAAAAGAUGUUUUACAGAUAUUAAAAUAUAUCAAAGAAUAUCAUUGUUUUGGAAGAUUUGGUAUUGAGCCCACCGUGAAUAGCUGUUUUGAUCGGGCUUUUGUCCCUGAAAGGAUUACUUUUAAAGAGUUUUUGGAUUGGAUGAUUGAUGAGCCCCAAACUUUGGUUUGGUUACCCACUUUGCAUCGACUUGCAUUGUCAGAAACAGUGAAACAUGAAGGAAAGUGUAACAUUUGCAAAAUGUUUCCCAUUGUUGGUUUCAGGUACCGUUGUUUAAAAUGCUUUAACUUCGACAUAUGUCAGAACUGUUUUUGGUCCGCUCGUGUUGCUAAAAAUCAUAAAGUUCAUCAUCAAAUGCAAGAAUACUGUUUACCUGCUACUCAAAAGGAAGAUCUUAAGGAUUUCACAAAAGUUUUUAAAACAAAAUUUUUGAAAAAAAAGAAAGAGAAAAAUACGUCAGGGUUACGAUAUUUGCCCAUUACUUGUGAUGAAUUCUCUGAUAGUUCUGAAACAUCUGAUGAAUGGUCAGACGAGGUGGAUGGUUUUGACAGCGAAAGCGAGACGUGUUUUGGAUCAUAUGAAAUGACAGCUGAGAGACACAAUGAACAUGACAUGACGACUUUCAAUUCAUCGCGUUUAAAGGAAAAUUCUCCUCCAACGACCAGCACACCAUUGCCGACAUCCUGCUUGGAUAACAAUCAAGUAAAAGAAAUGGAAGAAAUUGUUCAAAGCUUAGAGAAUGACAACAAAUACUUGCGAGGAAAGAUUAUGGCAAUACAACAAGAGUUUGAUAGUCGUCAUUAUUCUCUUCAGUCAAUGGAGACUGUAAGUAGGAAAGAAAUUGAUGAAUAUAAUGAGCGUCUCGAAGCCAAACAAGAAGUUUUAAAUGAUCAUAAUCGCCGUCUUCAACAGCAAUUGGAUAAACUCCGUCACUUAUUGCAUCAGCAGAAUGCAGCAAGUGCAGAAAAUAUUUCCAAUGAGAGUCAGCGUUAUUUACCUAUGUCCAAUAUUCCUAAUAAACCAACUCCGUUGCCAAAAUUUCACGAUGCUCAGUAUUCGUUCUUUGCCCAAUCAGCAGGGCACAAUGGCACUUUCCAGUCAUUAUCCAAACCUAAAGUUUUACGAUCUGUUAAUGAAGAAUUACGCAAGUACGGCGACAAUGAGACUCGUACAAGUGAUGAUCAUAGCACUUCAUUAUCGUCGGAUGAAGAUCUUCGAGAAAUUAAGGUUGAACUGGAGGAAAUACUUGAGAUGUCUUCUUCUGUCUGAGAUUUUCCUAUGAGAGAUAACUCUGAUUGGAGCCAUUUAAAAUACACAUUUACGAAUGACGAAGAAGAAGUUUAGAACUGCAGGCUUUGUUUAAAAACAACUUCUCUACUGAACGCCUUAAGAAUUGAAGAAGAUAAGUUUUGAGAAUUUUAAAACCUAAAUUUAAAGCUAAAAUGUAAAUUUAUUUUUCUUGAUAAUUAUUUAGUUAAGUAAAAAGUUAUCUUGCCGUGCAUGUGAAGACUUUUGAGCAUCACGGAAACUCCAUGAAAUAAAUAUUAUAUUGUUAUUUACAUGAAUGGGUGGAGUAGCAGUUGAGCAUUGUCUAAUUGUAAGGAUGUGUGAAAAGGGGUUAAGUGAUGAAUUAAGUCGUUUUUUUCUUUGUCGAUAACGUUGAUGUAUUCCUUAUGUAUAGCUAUACACGAACAUUCAAUUGUUAGAUAGAAUAGCUUGGAAUUUUGAUAAAGCGAUAAGAUAAAAUGAAGUAUAAUCUUCAGAAAGUCGUGCACUGCAUGACAAAGACGUUUAUUGUAGCAUUCUUAUACUAUUGAUUUUGAAUAAAACUUGUGUGGCCUUUAUUGCGGCAUCUUAAUGAGCAGUCUGGGAUGUAAUUAAAUUGGACGCUCUCAACACGCUUAUAUAAAGCGAGAGAUUUCGGCACACAUUUUAAUUAUGUUCGUUUCGUAGGUUGAACUGUAAGCAUAUUUUAAAAGUGGAGAAGAAUUAAUCAUGAAAGUUUGAGUCCAAUAUAUUAAAAAUAAUUUCUUAUCACGCACAUUUGGAUCAUAGGAUCGUGAAUUGACGGUGUGGUAUGAUGUAUUCUUUGGCUUUUAAAUUGCUUUUCACAAUGAUUCUGCUAUCACCAGUAGUGUAUGGUCUUUCGAACUACGUUCGUCAAACACGCCAUCGUUUAAGGAAAGAUUGUCCUAAGAAGAAUGAAAGAAAUUCUUUUUUAUGGACGUUGAGGAAGCAUCCUUCGGUGUACAUAUUUGGUAGUAUACAUCGUCAUAUCAUACCGCUAUGGCGAGAAGUGCCCAAAAAUGCGAGAAAAGCUUUUAGAACAAGCAAAAAAGUAUAUUUUGAAAUCGAUUUGACAAACCCUGAAGAUCUGACGUCAAUAGCGACUUGUCGUUAUUUCUCGGAUAAAAGGACCCUUAAAGAUCUUUUGCCACUUGAGCUUUUCAAUCGAAUUAGCAACUACUUAUCGUCGUUCCAAUCCCACCUACACCACUCAUUGAAGAAGCAAAGUAGUUUGACUUUGAAGGGGUUAAAUGCUGACAAGAUUUUUCAUGACAUGACGAGAUAUUGGCAGUAUCAAAGACCAAUAUGGCUUAUCAUGUUGUUGGCGUCUCUUCGUCUGGAAAAUGUCAUCUCCAGGUUUACACCUUCAUUAGACUCCGUCUUUUUUUUGAAAAGUUAUGCCAUGAAAAAGGAUAUUGGAUAUUUAGAAAAGCCUGAACAACAUUGUGGAUUGAACAACGUUAAUUCCUCUCAGGCAAUAAUUUAUCUGGAUGAAGUUUUGAAAAAGUUUAACCAUACUUCAAAGAUGGCAAUAAAUAUCGUGGAUAGUCUAACAUAUCAAUAUAUAUGUGGUAAUCUCACUGAUUAUUUGUUUUCAACGCAAAGGACGACGGGAAGUACAAAAGCACGUCAGCAAGAGCUACAAAACUUUGAAAACUCUCUAAAUUAUGAGUUGUUUGUACGAAGAAACAAGCGUAUGGCUCAAAAAAUAAUCGAAGAAAUAAAGUUUGAACGAGUUAAAAGAAAUCGAAAACUCUUUUUUAUCACUGGUGUUGGUCAUCUGCUUGGCAAAGGAAGUAUCAUUGAGAUUAUCAAAUCUGCAGGCUUGAAGCCAAUACAUCUUUCAGCUAAUGAUAAGCUAUCAAGACGAAAACGAAAACUGAGAAAAAAUUGGCGAAACAGAAAAACAGAGAAGUUUGUUCGUACCUCGUAUGGUAUAUAAAAGCUUCAAUCAGAAAAAAUGCUAAAAAAGAUACCUAAAAGACUGUCGAAUGAUGUUAUUUUAGAAUUAUUAUCUACCUUGGUUGCUUUGCUCUUGGCUUGAAAUCCUUCCUAUUUUACUCGUCAAUUUUGCUACCUGAGACAACUAUUGCCACCACGUAAUUGGUUACAAACGGUCUCUUUAAAUAAAAAAGCCACACACUUUCUUCUCAAAAUUUUAUUUAUAUUAUAGCUAAUUAUUAUGAGAAUUAUGUUUAUUUUCAAACUCUUAACCAUAUAGAUUAUGUAAUUCACAAAAUUUUCACGUACUGGAAAACCGGAAAGUGGAACAAGUACGUUGGCCUGUACUUACCUAGCCUGCAUCGCAGACUAUAUAUUUGUAAUUAUAUAUGAAUAACAUUUAGUCUGCAAUGUAGGCUAAUACUUAUCUACAAAUAAUCACUGCCACACUAGUUAAUUAAUUGCAAGUGGACUUGUUUGUUUUGAUUUCUUUCUGUUUGCGGAGGCUACUUUUUUGUUGGUAAUUACAAAUUUAUAUCCAUACUAUUCAAAAUUUUUUGAAGCAUAAUUUGUAACUUUUCCAAAACUAUUAAAGUUUCUAUAAUGAAA